AGCAAAAAAAUAUAUUUUAAUUUGUAGUAAUUACAAAAAAGUCCCUUCAAAUUUCAUAAAAUACAAAAAGUACAAAAAAUCAUGGCAAAUUAUUUCCAAAAAUUAAGUCAGUUGACGAAAUGUUCGAGUUCCCUACUGCGACAAUCAUGCGUGGCCCGGUAUUCGUCAAAAGCAAAAGCAACGUUUGACUGGACAGACCCGCUAAACAUUGAAUCCGCAUUGACGGAGGAGGAGAAACAGAUGCGAGAUGCCUUCCGAGGAUAUUGCCAAGACAAGUUGCUGAGUCGCGUGACGAAAGCGAAUCGCGAUGAAUUUUUCCACCGAGAAAUCAUGAACGAAAUGGGAGAAUUUGGGGUUUUGGGAUGUACAAUUAAGGGAUACGAGUGCGCUGGAGUGUCUAGUGUCGCUUAUGGGCUCCUAGCGCGCGAAGUAGAACGUGUGGAUUCCGCAUACCGUUCAGCUUUCAGUGUUCAGAGCUCGUUGUGCAUGGGAGCCAUUUACGAUUACGGCAGCGAAGAGCAAAAACAAAAAUAUUUACCGCGUUUGGCAAAGGGAGAACUUGUCGGAUGUUUUGGUCUCACGGAACCCAAUCACGGCAGUGACAUUGGAACGAUGGAAACAAAAGCCAGAUAUGAUCCAAAAGCCAAAGCGUAUUUCCUGACAGGAAGCAAGACAUGGAUUACGAGUUCGCCAAUUGCUGAUGUGCUUAUUGUGUGGGCUCGUUUGCAGGAUGAUGGAAAAGUGCGGGGAUUUAUUGUUGACCGAUCGUUGAGUGGCAAAGGAUUAGAAACGCCAAAAAUUGAAGGAAAAUUCUCCUUGAGAGCCUCUCCCACGGGCAUGAUUCUCAUGGACGAAGUUUGUGUGCCAGAAGAAAAUCUUCUUCCAAAUGUGGUUGGCAUGAGUGGACCCUUUGGAUGUUUGAAUAAUGCUCGUUAUGGCAUCUCAUGGGGUGUUUUGGGAGCAGCAGAGGCUUGUUUGACUAUGGCUCGUCAAUAUACUCUCGAUCGAAAGCAAUUUAACAAACCAUUGGCAGCUACACAAAUUAUGCAGAAGAAAAUGGCUGAUAUGCUAACGGAAAUUAAUCUGGGAUUAGCGGCUUGCUUGCAUGUUGGACGGCUAAAGGACCAAAAAUUACACACACCCGAAAUGAUUUCCAUGCUCAAACGAAAUAACGCGGGAAAAGCCUUGGAAAUUGCUCGAGUAGCACGUGACAUGCUUGGCGGUAACGGAAUCUCAGACGAAUAUCACAUCAUUCGGCACGUAAUGAACUUGGAAGCGGUCAACACAUACGAAGGCACUCACGACAUCCAUGCACUUAUUCUCGGUCGUGCCAUUACCGGACUCCAAGCUUUUUCAUAAAAUGCUUUUUU